UGUACAUUGGUUCGACGACAUUUACAGAGGUGCUAGUCACUUGAUUUAAAAAAGUUGAAUCACUCUUGCCAGUUCAAGGGAAUCUACCAUUUCAACUCAAUUGCAUCGGACAAUGUCGCAAACAUCAUGUCCAAAGGACGUGGAAUCAACACAGCACAAUGCAAAAGAAGAAGAAACCGCUGGAGGUGAAGUGACGGAAUCAAAGCCACAGUACAUCUCGGGCAUCAAGCUCUGGCUGGUCGUUGCUUCAGUUACUCUCAUAGCAUUUCUGAUGCUUCUUGAUAUGUCCAUCAUUGUCACUGCCAUUCCGCGAAUCACCAGUGAUUUCCACUCCCUCGCUGACGUAGGAUGGUAUGGCAGUGCCUAUCCUCUGGCAAACUGUGCCCUUCAGCCAUUGGCUGGUAAAUUGUAUACGCACUCGAUUUUGAAGUACACCUUCCUUGCAUUUUUAUGCAUUUUCGAGCUUGGUUCGCUCCUGUGUGGCGCCGCACAAUCCUCAAAGAUGUUGAUAGUCGGACGCGCCGUUGCUGGACUGGGAGGCUCUGGCCUCACCAACGGUGCCAUCACGAUUCUCUCAGCGGCGGCUCCCAAAAGCCAGCAACCACUCUUGAUAGGAGUGAUGAUGGGCUUUGGCCAGAUUGCCAUUGUUUGCGGGCCCCUGCUUGGAGGUGCUUUCACUCAACAUGCAACUUGGCGAUGGUGUUUCUAUAUCAACCUCCCCAUCGGUGCUGCUGCAGCCAUCCUUCUGCUCGUCAUCAGCAUACCUGACCGACUGACGUCCUCGGUUGAUCAAACUUCGCCCAACGAAACAAAGAACACCGCCAGAACCAUACUUCCCAAGCUCGACCUCAUAGGGUUUGUGAUAUUCGCAGCCUUCGCAGUCAUGAUCUCUCUGGCACUCGAAUGGGGUGGAUCAUACUAUAGCUGGCGAAGCUCCGUCAUCAUCGGUCUUUUUUGCGGUGGAGGGGUUGCCCUAAUUGCAUUCGCCGCAUGGGAGCGUCAUGUUGGCGACUCCGUGGCCAUGAUUCCCUACUCGGUGGCGUGUAAACGAGAAGUCUGGUGCUCUUGUGUCUUUCUCGGCUUCUUUUCCGGCUCAUUGCUCAUCUUCUCCUAUUACCUACCAAUUUACUUUCAAGCCGUCAAAGACGUUUCUCCCACCCUCAGUGGUGUGUAUAUGUUGCCUGGAAUUUUGGGACAGAUACUUAUGGCGAUUACAUCCGGAGUAGCAAUCGGGAAAACAGGAUACUACGUCCCCUGGGCAUUAGCCAGCGCCAUAUUUGUCUCUAUAGCAGCAGGGCUAAUAUCCACCUUCCACGUCUAUACGUCUACAGUGAAAUGGGUAAUGUAUCAAUUCAUCGGAGGGUUUGGCCGUGGCUGCGGGAUGCAAUCAUCUCUCCAUACCCACCAGCCAAUCAUCGCCAUCCAAAACUCUCUUCCCCCGGAGCAGAGCGCUCUCGGAAUUUCCCUCGCCGUUUUUGGACAGACUUUUGGAGGCUCGCUGUUCCUUGCCUUUGCCAAGAUUGUCUUCAAUGACGGCCUCCUCUCCGGCCUGCGCAAAUAUGCUUCGACUGUCAACGUGCCAGCCGUAAUUGCCGCGGGUGUGACCGGAUUCAGACAGGCCGUGGCUCCUGAGCAGAUUACAGGCGUUUUGCGCGCCUACAGUUUAGGUGUUGAUCGGACAUUUUAUCUGGCUGUGGGAGCUUCGGUGGCCACGUUUGUGUUUGCGUUGGGAAUGGGAUGGAAAAAGAUUAAUAAAAGCGGAGAAUGA